AUGACCAUUAAAGUAGCCUUCUUGGGUCCCGAAGGUACUUACACUCACCAGGCUGUAAUUCAACAGUUUGGUAACUCUGGAGACAUUGAAAUUUACCCCCAAAGUUCCAUUUCGUCAUGUUUCGAAGCAAUUGAUUCAAAAAAAGUCGACUACGCUAUAGUGCCAUUCGAAAACUCCACCAAUGGACAGGUUGUUUUCACCUAUGAUCUCCUUCGUGAUUGGUUUAUAUCGGAUAGUUCAGCCAAAUAUAAUGAUCCAAAGUUCAAAAUAGUGGCCGAACAAUACGUUGCAAUACACCACUAUUUUCUAUCAAAUGCCAAAUCAUUAGCAGACAUAACAACCUUAUACUCUCACCCUCAAGUCUGGGGUCAAGUGUCUAAAUUCUUAAGUGAAGAGGAAAUUUCCAAACUUAAAUUGAAAAAAUUUGAUACUAGCUCAACAUCGAAAGCAGCAGAAAACGUUUAUAAUGAUCAAUCGAAUACAAGUGCAUGUAUUUGCUCUAAAAUGAGUUCUGAUUUAUAUAAUUUACCGGUAUUAUAUGAAAAAGUUGAAGAUAAUCCAAAUAAUACAACCAGAUUCUUAGUUUUGGGAUAUGAGAAACCAUUAAGCCCAUUAUCUCCAAUAGCAUCUUCUUCAUCCGAUAGUGUGAAAAACCACUCAAUAACGUCAAUAAUGUUUACUUUACACCAUGAUGACCCUGGUGCGUUAUGUUCAGCUUUAGACUCUUUUAGAGAAUUUCAAAUCAAAAUGACUUCCAUCAAUUCAAGACCUUCACACCGUGAACAAUGGCAGUACGUUUUCUUCAUUGAGCUAAUCGGUGACAUGGAUAAUGAUUUAAAUAUAAAACAAUCUAUUGACAGUCUAUCCAAAAAAUGCGUUGAUUUAGUGGUUCUAGGGUCAUUUGAAAGAUCUUGGAGAUACUGGGGGGCUUAA